AUGGAGAAGUUCUCGGCUUGGAGAGAUAGUGGUACGGGUAUAUCACCGUUUAUGCCUGCUCCUAAACCUACUCCAAGUUUCCUUAAAAAAGUUAGUAGUCCAUUUUCUUUGCUAUGGAAGGUGCCAGUUUUAGUAUUGGCUUUUGUAUUUGGACUCUAUAAAUUCAUACUUAUAUCACUUUAUGGAUUCAAUAACAUUGAUUUGACAAUUGAUGGAGUCAAGAAAUCGAAACUUGAAGUGAUAAAGUCCCUUAGACCCGAUAAAGGCCAAGUUAUAUUUACCAAUUAUGUGUCUCCCGUAGAUUAUAUGAUUUGUAAAUGCAUUUCCAAGAGUCCCAGUUCUACUUUAUGUUUGAUCCCUGAUACCAAAGGAGACUUAUACCAAUUUACGGUUAGUCAGUUCUUUAGCAAGACAUUGAGUGGUCAAUUUGAUUUUGGAAAUGGUAUCAAGUUUACUGAUUUUAAAUCGUUGAAGUCAAAAACCACAUUUGUGUUCUUUGAGGGAACCCCCUCGAAUAACAAGGCUAUUUUGCCGUUUAUAGCCAACUUAGAAGGCUCCCUACUUGUUAAUAAUGCUACGAAGUUGCGUGUGUUAGCUUUGAAAGUUGUACCAUUGCUGUUGACUACUCCACUACCACUCAGUUCCUAUUCAUAUUACUAUGAGCUUCUCACCAAUUCAAAUCGUUCCAACGCUAUUAAAUGUAAGUUAUACGACAUAAAUGAUAUCUCCAAGAACAUUAAUAAUGACAUUGUCAAGGCUUUUGAAUACUCAGGGUUGUACCAAGUUGGUCCUAAUAUGAUUGUGGAGAACAAAAAGAAGUUUUACGAUUACUACACCAAUUAUCAAAAUCGAAAGAACUAA